UCUUUUUAGCCCUUUUAGGCUCCUUAAAGUGGAUGGUGGCUGUCAGCAGCACUCAGGGAAGCUUCAUUAGUCGUCAGAGGGAGGCAAGUCUGUGACUCAUGCUUGCGUGAAGAGACCAAUGGGCAGCCGACGUCUGAGAUAUAAAUAACAAAUAAAAGAGAUUCUUGAGGGAGAAAAAGGGUCACAUGCGCGCCGCUGGAUGGGAUUUUAUUAGUGGGCUCUGUCGGUGUACCGCCAUCAUUGGACUGUUGCUUGUCGUGCCUCUGGUUAUUGUAACAUCGAGUCAUAGUUUAUCUGGACUCGGCAACCUGUGCACGCGUGAGCCGUUGAAAUAUUUCCCUACUGGAGAUCAGAUAACCGAGGACUGAUGGCUGCGUCUGAACCGAGAGCCUCUGGCGGGGACCAGGACCCCAACACCGCCAAUUUAAUACCUCCAUCCACAACCAACGAAUAUGCGUGGAUGCACGGAUGCACACGGAAACUGGGGAUGAAGAUAUGUGGGUUCCUGCAGAAGAACAACAGCAUGGAGGAGAAAGGCAGGCUCGCGGGCCAGAAGAAUCUGCUCUCGUGCGACAACAGUGACAGGGACGCGCGCUUCCGCCUCACCGAGACCGACUUCUCCAACCUGUUCGCCAGAGACUUGCUGCCAGCCAAAAAUGGAGAGGAGCCCACCAUACAGUUUUUGUUGGAGAUGGUUGAUAUCCUCACCACCUACGUCAAGAAGACUUUCGACCGCUCCACCAAAGUGCUGGACUUCCACCACCCUCACCAGCUCCUGGAGGGGAUGGAGGGCUUCAACCUGGAGCUGUCCGACCAGCCUGAAUCCCUGGAGCAGAUCCUGGUGGACUGCAGGGACACACUGAAAUAUGGCGUCCGCACAGGUCACCCGCGAUUCUUCAACCAGUUGUCUUCUGGCCUGGAUAUCAUCGGUCUGGCCGGGGAGUGGCUCACCUCCACUGCUAACACCAACAUGUUCACCUAUGAGAUCGCUCCAGUGUUUGUGUUGAUGGAGCAGCUGACUCUGAAGAAAAUGAGAGAGAUGAUUGGUUGGCCCAACGGAGAGGGAGACGGCAUCUUUUCACCAGGGGGCGCUAUUUCCAACAUGUACAGCGUGAUGAUCGCACGCUACAAGUAUUACCCUGAGGUCAAAACCAAGGGCAUGUCUGCUGCUCCCCGCCUGGUCCUCUUCACAUCUGAACACAGUCACUACUCCAUAAAGAAGGCAGGAGCCGCUCUGGGUUUUGGCAGUGAGAAUGUGAUCCUGCUGAGCACGGAUGAGAGGGGGAGAGUCAUUCCUGCAGAUCUGGAGGCCAAGAUCCUCGAUGCAAAACAGAAGGGCUAUGUGCCGUUGUUUGUGAAUGCCACCGCUGGUUCCACUGUGUACGGCGCAUUCGACCCCAUCAAUGAGAUCGCUGACAUCUGUGAGAAGUACAACUUGUGGCUCCAUGUUGACGGGGCGUGGGGUGGUGGACUCCUGAUGUCCAGGAAGCAUCGCCAUAAGCUUAAUGGAGUUGAGAGGGCCAACUCUGUCACAUGGAACCCACACAAGAUGAUGGGUGUGCCACUGCAGUGCUCUGCAAUCCUGGUCAGAGAGAAGGGCAUCCUGGCAGGCUGUAACUCCAUGUGUGCUGGCUACCUGUUCCAACCGGACAAGCAGUACGACGUCAACUACGACACCGGGGACAAAGCCAUCCAGUGUGGCCGUCACGUCGACAUCUUUAAGUUCUGGCUCAUGUGGAAGGCCAAGGGCACCAUAGGGUUUGAGCAGCACAUUGACAGGUGUUUGGACCUGUCUCAGUACCUGUACAACAAGAUUAAGAACAGGGAGGGAUAUCAGAUGGUGUUUGAUGGAGUGCCCCAGCACACCAACGUUUGUUUCUGGUACAUCCCACCCAGCCUGAGAGACAUGCCUGACGGGGAGGAGCGGAGAGAGAAGCUCCAUAGGGUGGCCCCGAAGAUUAAGGCCAUGAUGAUGGAGUCAGGCGCCACCAUGGUUGGCUACCAGCCCCAGGGCAAAAAUGUCAACUUCUUCCGCAUGGUCGUCUCCAACCUCGCCGCCACUCAGUCCGACAUCGACUUCCUCAUCGACGAGAUCGAGCGCCUGGGUCACGACCUGUAGGCCUCUCAGCCAUCGCUGCUUUGGUGGCCUGAGGGUGAACCUGCGGGUUCCAUUCGUUGUAGUUGGGGGCAGAGGCCACUGAGGUGAAACAUUCCGAGCGCUGCAGACAGAACAAUGAUGAGACAUAUUUGAGGUCUUUCCUUCUCUGAAGCGCUUUGACUGUUUCUCCAAGCGAUGAGCAGCUAGCGACGAGAGACACUUUAAGCGUCUUACUCGCUCAUCCCACAUAGUUCCUCCUCUAGAUAAAAUAACGAAGUACUAAGUAUCUGAAGGCUCACGUUACAACAAACAUGCUCUAAUGUGUGUGUGCUGUGGAUUAUAGUAAUAUGUGUGUGCGUGGGUUUAAUCAAGUUUGUUGUCCAAUGUAGUUUGUCUUUUAACGUCUGUGUGUGCGUGUGUGUGUGUGAUCAAACGCUGAAAGGCAUAAAAGUACAGAUGAAAAUACAACAAACUCCUAUAAAACAAUUUGCUACACAAAAUCGAAUCAUUGGUGCUUUCAGCUGUGCAUAUAUUUAAUCUCAGUGCACCAACCUAAACCAGUGUCCGGGUCCCAAAAACAGUGUGUGUGAGUGUGUGUGUGUGUGUGUGUGUGUGUGUGUGUGUGUGUGUGUGUGUGUGUGUGUGUGUGUGUGUGUGUGUGUGUGUGUGUGUGUGUGUGUGGUGUGCAUGGGACACAUUUGAGUGUACCUUGUCAUGUAAUUUAAGCAAGCAUUGUGUUGAAAAUAAGCUUAUAAUGACUUAAUGUGCACACCAUGGUACCAAGCGUGUUAAGCCGAGAGGUUUUAGAUCAACCUCCAGCAGUUGAUAUACAGUCUGCUAUGUUUUCCCUCGUAGAAAUUUAAGAUUAAGAUUUAAAAAUGCCUACAGCUCUCCCAAGUCUGUGACAACUAACUUUUAACUUGUAAAACGCUGGCUCGUUGUCUGUUUCAUGCAAUCAUGUGGUACCCAUGUGUGUUCAUAGCAUUGUUGAAAUAUUAAUAUUUGAUUAUAAGAACUCAUAUUUAUUGCAUUUCCGCUGUUUGCAGAUUCAGGUAUUUUAUCGUAAAUGUGUCUUUAUGUGUAUUACAUGGUAAUGCACUUGUAAAUGUAAUCACAGGAUCAAGAGUAAAGUUUAUUUAUAGUAAUUUUGUGAGCCAAAGAAAGCCAAUCGGGAACAGAGCAAUCCAUUGUCCUUCAUAUAGAACUUCUUAUAGAUUAUUGGUGUUUGUAAAAGGUUACCUACUGUAUUAUUGAACCUUGACUGCGAUGCAAUUUCUAUAGUGUGUUUCUUUCUGUGAUUGUGAGUCUGAAUGUUUUGAGAUGACUGACAGGCCUUCUGAUGAGAUUAAGAAUGAAGUCUAUACAAUAAUCUGGCAGUUGUGCCAGUCUUUUAUUUUAGAGAAUUGCACAAGGAUGUGAGAAUGUACUCUCCUCUUGAGUGAGACUGAGAAGAAAGUAUUGUUGUAUCUGUCUGAAUCCUAAUGCAUCUACUGUAAUAUAGUAUAUAUUAAUUGUAAUACAUAUUACCUGUAUUCUCAGUGUCAUGGGAACUGAAUGGAAUAUCUUGUAUGAAGCGUUCCUGUUUGUGUCUUUGCACAAUGUUCAUGUUUUUUUCUUCCAUUGUAAAUGGAUGUGUACUAUGGCAGUAUAAUACAAGACUUACGUUGAUAACUAGGGACCAUAUGUGAAUGAUCAAAAAACAUACUUAAGGUAAUCAGUGUGCUGUUUGUGGCCAAUCGGGUUAUUUGAUUCAAGGGAAGGUUUGGGGCACUUUAACAGAAUCAUCUUCAAAAAGAUCUUUAAUAAAGUAUAUUAAAGGGAAAA